GGCAUUUUAGAAUCUUGUACAAGCUUUAUACUUUGAAAGCUGGAUUUCGUGUCCCGUUUGUCAUCGAAGUAAUCUCGGUGCAUCUCCUCAUCAUCGACUUCUUCAGAUACACAUCUCUGGAUAUACUCAGUUCUUCCGAUUUUGGCAUAUACUCAGAUUCUUCUGCGACAAUCGAGCAUGGCAGAAGCAGAUGGGUUGAGAUUGGAGCAAAGGCACGGGAAGGCGAGAGUCAGAGUUGCAAGAGUCUGGCGUCAAAACGACGACGGAUCUCAUCACUUUGUCGAAUGGAACGUUAGCAUCAGUCUUCUCUCUCACUGCCUCUCCUCUUAUCACCGUGACGAUAACUCCGACAUCGUCGCCACCGAUACCAUGAAAAACACUGUUUAUGUGAAGGCGAAAGAAUGUGGAGAUCGACUCUCUGUGGAAGAAUUUGCCAUACUUAUUGGGAAUCACUUUUGUUCUUUCUAUCCACAGGUUUACACUGCUAUUGUGAAUAUCAUAGAGAAACCAUGGGAGCGCGUAUGCAUCGAUGGAAAACCACAUUUACAUGGUUUUAAGCUUGGGUCAGAGAACCAUACUACGGAGGCAACAGUACAAAAGUCUGGUGCACUAAACUUAUGUUCUGGUGUUUCAGGACUAGCUUUGCUCAAGACAACCCAGUCAGGAUUUGAGAGGUUCGUGAGAGACAAAUACACCAUUCUGCCUGAUACUCGAGAGAGAAUGCUGGCCACAGAAGUGAAUGCAUCUUGGAGGUACUCGUAUGACUCAGUUGCAAGUGUCCCAAAAAAAGGACUCUACUUCAGCGAGAAGUUCAUGGACGUAAAGAAAGUUCUGAUGGAGACUUUCUUUGGUCCACCAGAAACAGGAGUGUAUAGCCCUUCUGUCCAACGCACUCUCUAUCUUAUGGGAAGCGCUGUAAUGAGAAGGUUUGCUGAUAUAUCAUCGAUUCACCUUAAGAUGCCAAAUAUUCACUUUCUACCUGUAAAUCUUUCAACCAAAGAAAAUCCUUUGAUGGUUAAGUUUAAGGAUGAUGUGUAUCUGCCAACCGAUGAACCUCAUGGAUCUAUAGAAGCAACCGUAAGCCGCAUGACCUCGAAAAUGUAAGGUUUUGGACAAUGCAGGGAUAGUUUAAAGACUACUGUAAUUCACAGGUUCUGUAACUUUUGGCUUUUGCCCUUGCUUAUAAAAUAAAGAGUGCCACUCUUCAUGAGGUGCUAUGUGUUGCAACUAUAGUGUAUCUUCAAACACAGAAAAUUUCUGUUAUGUAUGUCUUUGCAAUUGUAUGUUA